UUUUUUUUAAUGAUUUUGGGGAAUUCAAACAGACUCGGAUUUGAAGGCCCGACGCUCAAGAAUUGAAUUCUUGCCAAGAUUAAUGAGUUUUGGAACCUACAGGUUGGGGGAUAAUCCGGAAAGUGAGGCUUCUGCAAUGGAUGAUGGUGUUCUGUCACCAGCUACCAUGUUGGGAGCUCAACCUGAUUCUGCCACGGAUUUAGAUUUCAUGGACGAACUCUUCUUGGAGGGAUGCUGGUUGGAAACCACAUAUGGACCUGAGUUUCCUAAUCAGAGCCUUCCCAGUACCGCUGCCCCCUUGAACCCCUCCUUUUUUUGGCAUACGUUGGAGACCAAUGGCAAUAUGGCCAUGAACACGUCUCACAACAGUAAUCAAGAGGAGAUGCAACGACCAUUCCUUAAACAACUUGUAGAAGGUCCUGUGAAUCCUCAGUCUCCUAGAGAGGAUAUGAUAAAAGAUGCUGUGGCAUACUCUGGUCAAUCAGUGGAUCCUACAAUUGAAGGUCGUGAAUUUAGCAGAAGGUGGUGGAUUGGUCCCACUGGAAAUGAAGGUUUUGCAUCAUCUGUGACGGAGAGAUUAAUGAGGGCUCUCGUGAACAUUGGAGAGGUCAUGAGAAACAAAGAUGUUCUUGUACAAGUAUGGGUGCCAGUGAACAGAGGGGGUAGACGUGUUUUAACAAUGAAUGAACUUUUCUAUCUUGAUUCUAGCUGUUCCAGGCUCGCUAAAUAUCGAGACAUCUCUGCUAAUUACCAGUUUGCAACUGGGGAGGAUUCAACAGAAAUGGUUAUGGGGUUGCCUGGCCGGGUUUUCUCAGGUAAGAUUCCUGAGUGGACUCCUGAUGUUCGAUACUUUAGACAUGAUGAAUAUCCACGGGUUGGCCAUGCUCAACAGUAUAAUGUAAGUGGAACUCUAGCCCUUCCCAUCUUUGAACAAGGUAGUAGGACUUGCUUGGGCGUUAUUGAGGUUGUUACGACCGACCAGAAGAUAAAAUAUCAAUCUGACAUUGACAGCGUUUGCAAGGCACUUGAGGCUGUUGAUCUUCGAAGUUCUAGAAAUUUGAGUACUCAAAAUCAGGGGUGUGACAAGCCCUUCCACGCUGCAUUACCCGAGAUCCAAGAGGUCUUGAGAUCUGCAUGUGAGACGCACAAAUUGCCCUUGGCACAAACCUGGAUGUCAUGCAUCCAACAAGGUAAAGAUGGGUGCCGACAUACUGACGACAACUACGUCCACUGUGUUUCAACUGUGGAGCAUGCUUGUCACGUGGCUGAUCCUUGUAUCCAGAGUUUUCAUGAAGCGUGCUCUGAGCAUCACUUGCUAAGAGGCCAAGGCAUCGUUGGGAGAGCUUUUAUGACCAAUCAGCCAUGCUUCUCAGAUGACAUAACUUCCUUUGUCAAGACAGAGUAUCCUCUAUCUCACCAUGCCAGGAUGUUUGAUUUGCAUGCAGCUGUUGCAAUACGUCUGCGGAGCAUUGACACUGGUUCAACUGAUUUUGUCCUGGAGUUCUUCUUGCCAGUGGAGUGCAGGGAUCCUGAAGAACAGGAAAAGAUGCUUACAUCACUGUCCUUGGUUAUGCAACAGACAUGCCGGAGCUUACGGGUUGUCACAGACAAGGAAGUUGAGGAGGAAACUAAUUUUCAUGUCAGUGAGGUGAUAGCUCGGUCAGAUCCCGGACCAAGUAAUAUUGCUUGUUUCACAGAGGUCCAACAGAAUGGUAAGGAUGUCUCAAUGUUCCCGAACCAAAAACCACGCAAGGUGCUGAGUGUGAAAUUGUCGAAGUUAAGGCAGCAUCAAGAAGAUUCAAACCUAAAAGGUGGUGUUGAGUGUGGACAAGAGUUUUCUGCUCUAGGUGAGGGUAGCUUUUCAAGUGUUGGUGUGAGUAAGACAAGAGAGAAAAGACGUACCAAGGCAGAAAAAGAUAUCAACUUUGAAGUUCUUCGCAAAUAUUUUUCCGGUAGUCUAAAAGAUGCUGCAAAGAGUAUUGGAGGUAAGAAUUUCUUUUGAUAAACCUGCUUCCUGUUUGAUGCUUUAGUUGUGAAUAUUUGCAUGGCAUUUUGGUGGC